AUGGAAUUGCAAGAAAAUGUGUUGAUAGAGAUCCUGGCGCGGUUGCCAGUAACGUCGUUGAUUCGAUUUACUUGUGUUUGUAAGUAUUGGCUUUCUCUCAUUAGAUCCCCUGAAUUUGCAACCAAACAUUAUACGACUCGUAUAAAUAGUCGAAAAGAUGAAUAUGAUCAUGAUUCUCUUUUGACUAUUUUUUAUCCUGGCCUUUCUUUUACCAUAUUUUCUUAUGAAAACCUUAGUGUUAAAACUGUGUUCAAGAUUAGACCUGCUGUUCUUGAACCUGUAUCAGAUAUUCGUAUCUGUCAUUAUGAUGUUUUAUCCAAUUGCUGCGUUUACGGCCCUUGUAAUGGACUCUUCCUUGUAACAUUGAGGAGAGUUUAUUAUGAUGAUCCAGUAUGUGAAACCGUGUUUGUGUUUUUGCUGUGGAACCCGGCUACUAGAGAAGUCUUUAAACUCCCUGAUACAGAGGGUAUCAAGAGCUCGUGUGCCGGGGUUGGGUUUGAUGAUAUAACUAACGAUUACAAGGUUGUUAAUUUUGAUGACACGACGAAUUCCAGCAUCGUACAAUUGUACUCCCUUGCUGCGAAUUCUUGGAAGGAGGUUGAUGCGGGUUUUAAUUUUGGUGGUAACCCGCGGGAAAUAUCUGUGUCUAAACCUAUUUCCAACGGUCGUAUGCACAGUUGGAUAUUUCGUAGUCGUUCCCUUCUCUCUUUCGACAUGGCGGAUGAGGUCUUCGUGAAGACUCCUUUGCCUGGUGAAACAAGUAAAUUUUGCCGUGGCUUCUUGCAACUGAGCUCCAACGAUAAGUACCCUACCUUGUAUAAUUUUGAUGAAAGUCGUAUUGGAGGUAUGGUCCGACAGGAUAUUGGACCAAACAACAUUAUAUCAGCCUUCCCGACGGAGUAA